AUGAGUGUAAACGUUAAGGAUGAGAUUGCCUCCAAACCAAGAGCCACCAUGUUGUGUUGUGAAUGUGGUACUCCAAUUGAUGGUUCGAAAGGUCUGGUUAUGUGUUACGAUUGCAUUAAGAUGAAAGUUGACAUCACGGAAGGUAUCCCAAGAGAAUCAAACAUUAGUUUUUGUAGAGAUUGUGAAAGGUUUCUCCAACCACCGGGACAAUGGAUUAGAGCUAGAUUAGAGUCAAGAGAAUUAUUAGCCAUAUGUCUGAAGAAAUUGAAGGGUUUAAACAAAGUCAGAUUAAUAGAUGCUUCAUUUAUCUGGACAGAACCUCACUCUAGAAGAAUUAAAGUUAGGAUAACUGUUCAAGGUGAAGCAAUGCUAAAUACAUUAAUUCAACAAAGUUUUGAAGUUGAAUAUUUCGUUAACGCCAUGCAAUGUGCGGAUUGUGCUAAAUCUUAUACGGCUAACACAUGGACAGCCACUGUUCAAAUAAGACAAAAAGUUCCUCAUAAGAGAACUUUUCUAUAUUUGGAACAAAUGAUCCUAAAGAAUAAUGCGCAUGUCAAUACAGUUUCAAUUAAGGAAGUAAAGGAUGGUUUGGAUUUCUUUUAUGGACAAAAGAAUCACGCUAUUAAGAUGGUCGAUUUCUUGACUUCUAGUGUCCCAGCAAAAUAUAAGAGAUCCGAGGAAUUAAUAUCACAAGAUUCUCACACAGAUGUCUCCAAGUAUAAGUUUACUUAUUCCGUCGAGUUGGUACCUAUUUGUAAAGAUGAUUUAGUUGUCUUACCAAAAAAAAUCGCCAAAUCAUUGGGGAAUAUAUCACAAUUCGUGUUAUGUCAUAAGAUAUCUAACUUCGUUCAAUUUUUAGAUCCAAAGACUUUGCAAACUGCAGAAUUGGCAGCUCCUGUAUAUUGGAGAAAUCCUUUUAGUUCAUUAGCUGAUUCUUCACAGUUGGUAGAAUUUAUUGUAUUGGACGUUGAAUCAACUGGUACAGUAAAGGACAAUCGUGUUCUAGCAGAUAUUACAGUAGCCAGAGCAGUUGAUCUUGGUGUAAAUGAUCAAGAAUACUAUAUCAGAUCUCAUCUUGGUGGUGUCUUACAUGCUGGUGAUAGUGCAAUGGGUUACUUUAUUGCAAACUCCAACUAUAACUCUGACCUGUUUGACGAAUUGAAAUAUGAUUACGUUCCAGACGUUGUUCUUGUUAAGAAAUUGUACCCUAAGAGAGCAAAGAGUAAGAGAAACUGGAAGUUAAAGAGAAUGGCAAAAGAACAUAAUGAUAUUGAUGCAAGCAAAGAUUACAACAAUGCUAGAGUUGAAAGACAAGAUUUUGAGCGUGCAGAAAAGGAUUAUGAAAUGUUCUUGCAAGAACUUGAAGAAGAUUCAGAUUUGAGAAACAAUAUAAAUAUGUAUAAGAGUGCUGGUAAUGAAGCAACUGCAGAAGAAAACGAAGAAAGUGCUGAUGACACUGACGAUAUUGAAGAAAAUGAUGUACCAGGAAUCGAUAUGGACGAACUUUUGGACGAAAUUGACGGAUUAGCCCUUGAUGAUCCAGAGGACGCAGAGGCGGAACAACAAUCAGGUGAAGAAUCUGAAUAG